AUGGUGAACAUACCAUGGGAUUUUCUUGAUAAACGGUGUGAGGUUCAGGUGUAUACACUAAGAUCAAAUUCAUGGAGAAGACUUGAGGACAUCCAAAUUGUUAUAUGUGGUUAUAUUAGAAUACCUGAUAUGGCUCGUUUACCUGUUAACGGAGGUCUUCACUGGAAAGCGUUUAGUGGGGACAGGCGCACGGAAAUCAUUCUUCGCUUUGAUUUUGAGAACCAAGAGUUCGAUCAGCUUCCUAUACCUGAUGUAGGAAAUCAUGAUAAUAACCAAGGGUGUUUGUGUGUUUUAGGAGGAUCUCUUUGGUUUCUUAAUAAGUAUGGGUGUAAUCUAGAGUUCUGGGAGUGGAAGGACAAUGGGGUGAAGAAAUCAUGGAUCCAUCCGUUCACCUUUGACAUGGAUAAAUUUAACGACAUGGACGAUUUGACUCCCUUGUGGUUGUUAGACAAUGGAAAAUUUUUGUUUGGUGUACAUGAUGCCGAUGCUUCUUUGCGUUUUGUUCUGUAUGACCCAGUACAUGAGACAACUAGAAAUCUGAAGACCUGCCAGGGUAUAUCAGCUUCAUCUUUCCCUACUUCUGUCUAUGUAGAGAGUCUAAUUUCCAUCGACACUGGUUCAUAUCUAGGGAAAGUCGGAGGAGGACGACGACAAUGA